AUGCGCCCUACAGAAUUCCGCAUAUCAAAAACUUUGUAUAUUUAUCUGCCAGUUGAAUCAAGUGAUGAAUGCCAAAAAAGCUGGAAACAUCAAAUUGCUCCAUGGUACAUAAAAAAUUGUCAGCGAAUGAAAGUUUGGGGACACAAAAUAUGUGUCCUUCCUGAAAGAGUGCAGAUGACAGCAGAGAAGAUAGGACAGGAGUUGGUGAGGAUCGGCAGAGAAGUGACUGCGAUUGAAGAUAUCAGAAUGCUGAAACUAGUUGAGGCAGCUUUCGUUCAAAGAGAGAAUAACAAACUGAAAAAAACACAAGAAGCAUGGUUGCAUGCAUUCAACAUGGACACGUAUAUCCGUUUAGAGGUUAUGCGUGCUCCAGAAAGAUGGAAAGCAUUCCAGUGUACCUCUGCUCUGCACCUGCUCAUGUGCAUCUAA